AUGUCCAAGCCAUCGGCCCAAACUAUCACGCGCAUCAAUCACCUUCUCAAACACUGGCCCACUGACCAUGUCCGCCCUUCAGCCGUCUCCGUUCAGACAUACCUUCAGUCCUACCUCCCCCAAACCUCAGAGAACGCUUCUAAGCAGCCGCAACAACAACAACAGUCGUCACAAUCGCCACCCCCACCUCUCUCAGAAGCCUCUCUGAAUGCGCUGUCGUCGCUGCUGGAAGAUCGCUAUGCCAGACGGUAUCCAUUGCCUCCUAAGCUGCGGCGGCCGACAGGAAACCCAGACUACUAUGACAAUGUGAUUAAAGAGUUCUCAGAGGCUCCGACACGGGAUUUUUGGGGGAGAGUGAGCGCAAGGCUGAAGGGUCUCUUCAGGUUUAGCUAA